UUAAAAUAUUAUAACUAAAUAGGCAUAGCGUAGGUGUACGCUGCACAUAAGCCUUCCGUGUACAUCAGUUCCAACAUAUGCUAACACCUGUUAAGAUAUCGCUAUAUCGAUGCACUAUAUCUACAUGUAGAGGGCGCCAUUGUAGAGCUCUUCCAAUUCUUCUGAUGGGUUUACACUAUGGCUUCCAGUGAAUAUGAGCGCUCUACUAUAAGACCCAACCCCAGGGCAGCACCCAAGUAUAUAACACCAUACAAGUUUCCGCAGUUUCAGUUGACAACCCUAGAUAUAGUUGCGCAGAAUACGUACGACGAUAGAACUGUGGUACUGUACUUCGCGGGCGAUCCAGUGGACACAAAAAG